CCGAGGAAGAAAGCCUGUCUUUGGUACAGAUGAUCUGUAAUGGUUUGCUUCUCUCAUAAAGGGUCUACACAACAAGCCAACGCAAAAAUGCUGUUGAUACUGAUGUGGCUGUUUGUUUUAGCAGAUCCUUUAAAUUCAGAUGAGAUGUCUUCUACAUCACAAGCUUCGUCAUCAACACAAGUACUUAUAACUUCAAGAAAGUCAACUGAAGUCCCCACGUCACAUGCCAUCUUGGAAUCAACUAGCACAAUAGAUCCACUGAUAUCAAAUCUAACAUCUACAAAUUCAUCUACAGUAGAAGCUUUUAAACCAAGACCUUCAACAACAGAAUCAUUCAUAAGUUCACCAAGUUCAUCUGAAAUCCCCACACCACUGACAGUUUUGGAUUUGGCAAGCAAAACCUCUAAAAGUCCAACAGAGGAAAUGCAUUUGACCACAGGAAACGAUUUAACGUCAGAUUCUUUAACACAAACAUCUACCAUGGAUGUUUUAUCAGUUUCUAAUAGUUUAGCUACAGACGCUGAACAAAGCACAAGAAUACCUGUGGAAGGUAAAACUUCAGAUGAAAUGCAUUUGUCUACAGAAGUUGUUUUUACACCAGAGCCUUCUUCAAACGAAUCAUUUUCAUCCUCACCAAGUUCAUCUGAAGUCCCCAGAUUACAUGGUAAUUCCUUUUCAGAAAGCACUUUCUCUUCAUAUCCAACAGAACCAGAAACAUCUACCAUGGAUAUUUUAUCAACUUCUGAGAGUUCAUCUACAGGAUUUGAGCUAAGCACAAGUAUAUUUGUGGAACUUUCAACUUCAGAAGAAACACAUUUGUCCACAGAAGAAGUUUAUACAUUAGAACCUUCAACGACAGAAUCUUUUAUAUCUUCACCAAGUCCAUCUGAAUUCCACACUUUACUCAAUGAUUUGUAUACAGAAAGUCAAUUCUCUACAAAUCCAGCUGAAUCAGAAAUAUCUACAAUGGAUAAUUUAUCAACCUCUGAGAGUUCAUCUACAGGAUUUGAGCUAAGCACAAGUAUAUUUGUGGAACUUUCAACUUCAGAAGAAACACAUUUGUCCACAGAAGAAGUUUAUACAUUAGAACCUUCAACAACAGAAUCUUUUAUAUCUUCACCAAGUCCAUCUGAAUUCCACACUUUACUCAAUGAUUUGUAUACAGAAAGUCAAUUCUCUACAAAUCCAACUGAAUCAGAAAUAUCUACAAUGGAUAAUUUAUCAACCUCUGAGAGUUCAUCUACAGGAUUUGAGCUAAGCACAAGUAUAUCUGCGGAACUUACAACUUCAGAUGAAACACAUUUGUCCACAGAAGAAGCUUUUACAUCAGAACCUUCAAAAAGAGAAUCAUUCGUAUCUUCACCAAGUCCACCUGAAUUCCCCACAGAAAGCAGAAUCUCUGCAGGUCCCACAGGAACAGGAUCAUUUACCAUGGAGAUUUCACAAACUGAGAAUUCAGCUACAGAUGCUGAACUAAACACAGGUUCACCAAGUUCAUCUGAAGUUCCCAUGGAUACAUUUACAUCAGAUGUAGCUGAAUCAGGGUGUCCCACAAUGGAAUUAAACAAGCAAACUGUAACGUGUCUUUCAGUGCUUUUGCCUCUCCUGUUAGGCCACUGGAAUUAGUUUAUAUUCAGUACCAAAUGGAUAAAAGGCAGAAACACAUAUGACGGACCAUGAAGAAAAGACAAUACACAGCAGCUAAAGCAUAAUGAAAGCUUCUGCACUGUUGUACUUACCUGGACAGAACUAAACACUGAAUUGCUUUAGCUUUGUAAAGAGUAAAAUGUUGUUCUUGGAUAAAAGUCCUAUUUGAGCAAAUGAGUAUUAAUAUACAGGGCUAAAACAUUCCAGUAAAGAUUACCUGUGACUGAGAAAAGCAAUAACCCUUACCUGUCCGUGCCAAGUCAGCUGAAAUAUCACUUGAAUCUGUUGAUAACAGUGGAACAAAUAUGCGAUCAGAAUGCUGCAGAGUAUUUUCUCACAGCAUGUUUAUUUUGUUUUCCAAACUUCAGAAUGUAUUCUUCACAUCAAAUAUACAUGCAUUGAGUGUUUGUACUUAUUCUGUUUAGGGAAUAGGAAACAGCUACAUUUGUUUCUAAAAUAAAGAAGGCUGAAAUAUGUAAAUUACAAAGAAAUUAAAAAGAAAGAAAAGAACAGAAGAUGUAUAUAACUCAUAAUACUGUAAUUAUUAGCAGUCAUGUUAAUGAGAGUAGGGCUCUGGGUUAGGACUCAUGCCUGCGAUCGGAAAGUUACUGGUUUAAAUCACAUGGCUAGUGGAGUGAUGUCACUGUUAGGCCCUUGAGCAAGGCCCAAUUGCACUAGGGGCUGGAUGACCCUGUUAUAAAUAUUUUAAGUCUCUUUGGACAAAAGUGUCCAAUAAAAUGUAAAUGAUUAAGUACUGAAAAAACCUUUGCUGUAUUAUUGUAUAGGUAUUAUAGUGUCAUUAUUUAUAUUUUUAAAGCACCUAAUCAUAAUUAUAA